AGCGCGCAGAAGCGGCCAGCCAGCUACUUUUGGGCAACUCCAUUCCGGGGCUGGGAGAAGAUGCACGAGAGCUUGAAGUUUUGUUUUCACUCAACGUGUUGGCUGCUCCGCAACACAGCGCACCAAACCAUAGCUACAUCGAGGCGUCUUCAUCUCUGCAACAACAGCAGGUCGGCCAUGAUACAACUGGAGUGCGCGCAGGUUCGAAGUCUUCUGCAGUAAGCGGAUUUGCGAUGGAGGCUGUACCAGAGCAAGCCGGUUUAUUCGGUUGCAAACCAGGGCGGAAUGAUGUUUUUACCGUUGGCACGGCGUCGUCGCCCUCUUCCUCAAGCGAUAGUUCCAGGGACGACUCCUCGUGUUUAAGAAGGUAAAAAACCUGUUUGCUUUGAUGCGGUUUAGGAGAAUGUGCAUGUCACGUACCAUAAUGACAAUGAUGUUUUUGAAAUUGUUUUCUCUUUCUGGUUCCACGAUGCAGCCGUCGUGUUUUGAAUCUGUAAUGCUAUAUGCGAACUACGUUUUUUCUCACUUUUUCCAUACUCUCCGUUGUCGCCGAGCUCAACCAAAGUAGAGACCGGAACGCAGCGGCGAAAACAGGCGUGGGGCGGAGGAGGGAAAAAACAGGAUACUGCUACGGGGGCCAGUGCUGGCUACAACAGUUUUCUUGAUAAUGUUUUGUCCACCGCUACGGGGCCUCGGACAG